UUAAGGCUUCCUCUCCCUUGGCUUCUGACAGAAACUGGAGGAGGCAGCGGCCACAGCAACUCUGGAGGAGCAGAGGAGAAAACAGACCCAGACUGACCUGCAGGACCGCUACAGAACAGACCUGGAGAGAGAGAAAAUGGUUCGUCAGCAGAUGGAGGAGCAGGUGGCCCAGAAGUCCAGUGAGUUGGAGCAGUACCUGCAGCGUGUCAGGGAGCUGGAGGACAUGUACCACCGCCUGGAGGAUGCACUAGAGGAUGAGAGACAGGCCAGGCAGGAUGAGGAGAUCAUGCGCAAACUACAGACCAGGCUUCUGGAGGAGGAGUCAGCCAAGCGGGCGGAGCUGGAGCAAAUCCACCUGCAGCAGCAGAGAGCCAUCUCCCAGACCCAGGCUGAGAAGCAGGAGCUGGAGAGCGAGCGGCUGGCCAAGGAGAUGGCCCUGCAGGCAGCCAUGUUGCAGCUGGAGAGACUUGAGAGAGAGAGGCACGGAGCACUGGAGCAGUACGAGGAGGUGAGAAUGAAAUUGGAGCAGGCAGCUAAUAAGACCAAGAGCUGGAAGGACAAGGUGGCCAAGCAUGAGGGACUGGUCCGUCUCAUCCAGCCAGGUGAUAAAGGACCACAGAGGAUGACUAACUGGGGCCCAGCAGCCUUCACAGACACUGAGCUGGACCUGAGGAAGAAGUCCUGGCAGGAGAGGAAGAACCACAACCAGUCAGCCCAGUAGACUAGAGAUGGUGCUUCUUACCUGAUGGUCCAGACAUCUUACUGUGAUCGUGUAGCAUCACGAUACUGUUGUCGUAUUGUUGUUGAGAAUUAACUAAUGUGUACGGUUGCAAAAUUCCUGAAACUUUACCAAAAUGUCCAGGAUCUCCAGAAAUCCCGAUUGCUGGAUUCUGGAUUUCCUGCUUAUUUUCUCCUAAUUCUGUGAAUCUUCUAACCAGGAUAUCUGGAAUUUUGCAACCCUACUAAUGUGCCAAUGCUUUGACAUUCCAAGUGAUUCACCAUUCUGUGGUCUGAUAAGUCUUUAACCAGGAAAUAGAGUUGUAGAUAUUCAGUGAAUAAUAUGUUAAACUUAUUUUUUUAAAUAAUGUCAUGAGAAAGUAAUACGAUUAAAGUAAUAAGAUAAAAGUAAUAAGAUGUUUUCUAUUUAAAAUGCCAACGCAUAAGUAGUGUAUCUUAUAAAAUAUAUUUAAAGACAUUUCUUUAUACUG